AAUGACAAGCGCGGCUGCCGUAGACAUCGCCAUUCAAACUAUCAACUCUAACCCCAAAUGGAACGCCGACGGUGAGAUCGAAUUGAGCAUGGUCUAUAGAGAUUCGGAUUGCGAUAGUCUUUUAACGGUCGGUCAUACUUGUGAUCUCCUUGUUAAUGAAACAAUAGACGCACUCAUCGGCCCCCCUUGUUCCAGAGCUUGUAAACCGGCCGCCGAAUUGGCGUCAUUCUAUAAUGUUCCUAUAAUAAGUUGGGUAGCGACGGAUUACGGCCUAAGAGAUAGAACAAGAUAUACAACGUUGGCAAGAACGUCCAUUCGAAUCGCCGCUGUCAUGUUCGAAGGUCUUGUCUGGGAAGACGCCGGCGAAUCAAUUACUAAAGUACUCAAAGAUCGAAAUAUUGAACUAGUAGUUCUUGAAAAAUAUAAAAACGAUCCAUCGAAAACUUUCAUUAAUAGCGUAUUAGAAAAAAUCAGAGUUAGGGCAAGAAUUGUUGCUCUAAUUAAUCCGCGAGAACAUAGGAGGAAGUUUCUUCUUAGAGCCCACGAAAAGGGUAUGACGAAUGGCGAUUACGUCUUUUAUACUAUGGACAUACUUCCCCAGGAAGACAUUCUCAAUUCAAUGCAAACUUGGCAAGGGAACGACGGCAGAGACUCAACUGCCAAACAGGCUUUUGAAUCAGUUUUUCACAUCGUGUUAGCCGCUCCGAGCAGUGUGGCUCAGAGUCAGUUUCGAGGCGAAGUUGCCAGAAGGAUGAGAUUCCCACCUUGGAACGUCAACUUACCUCCAGGCACACUGGGUGAUCCAUUCGCCGCUUUCCUGCAUGACGCUGUUCUGAUUUAUAGUAUCGGGCUAAAUGUAACCUUAAAACUAGGACAGAAUCCCAGAAAUGGAGAAGCAGUAAUUAGUAAUUUGAAAGAAAAAUUCUUUCAAGGGAUGUCAGGUAAUAUUGUUUUAGACGGAAAUGCUGAUAGGGAACCAGAUUUUUGGAUAAUGGAUAUGAAUCCUGCAACUGGAAUUUUUGAAAAGAUGGCAGAAGUUCUUAAUACCGAUGACGGACAUAUGGAGUUUAGGAGGGAUAUUCAGCCACCUUAUUGGCCAAAUGGCUUGACUGGUCACGAAAACGCUCCUGAAGAUAUACCUAAAUGUGGUUUUCUCAAUGAAUUAUGCGUUGAAGCGGAUAACUCUUGGAUAUCAAUUGUCGCCUCGUUAAUUGCUCUAAUCUCUAUUGGUGGACUAUUGGGUGUGGGUUUCUAUUUCUAUAGAAAAUCCCAGUUUGAGAAUAGGUUGUUGGCUGCUUCUUGGAAGAUUUCUUUGGAAGAAUUAGAAUUACUUAAAACUCAAGGAACAUCAAGCAAUAUUAGUUUAAGUAGUAAAUCAACAACCUCAAAUUCAAAUGAGGAACCUGCUCCUCCUGUUAAAACCGAAACUGUUUCAAAAUCAAUAAACUCUUUUGGCCAAGUGUCUCAAGUAUUUACCGAAAUAAGUCUCUACAAAGGUACUCUAGCAUCUCUUAAGCCGGUGAAAAAAGACCACGUAGAACUAUCGAGAAAAGUUUUAAUAGAAUUUGGCGAAAUAAGAGAUAUUUCUCACGAGAAUCUUAACACGUUUCUCGGGGCUUGCGUCUCUCCUCAAAAUAUAUACGUACUCUGGCAAUAUUGCAAACGUGGCAGUAUACAGGAUGUCGUUAUGAACGACGAUUUAAAAUUGGAAUCAAACUUCAAAAUGUCGUUUAUGAUUGAUAUAGUUAAAGGAAUGCUUUAUUUGCACAAAUCUAUAUUGCAUUCUAAUGGAAAUCUUAAAAGCUCUAAUUGCCUCGUUAACGAACGUUGGACAGUUAAAAUAACGGAUUACGGAUUAAAUAAUUUCUUAGAUGGACAAAUUUAUGAGGAUUCUCAACAAUAUGAACUCUACAAACGAAAAUUAUGGACCGCUCCUGAAAUUCUUCGAGAAAAUUAUCCGCCGCUAAAGGGAAGUCAGAAGGGAGACGUAUACAGUUUUGCUAUUAUCUGUAGCGAAAUCCUAAAUAGAAGUGAACCUUAUUCAUUUAAUGAAAUGACACCUAGAGACGUGGUACACAGAAUACGCAACUCCGAAAGUAUUCCCUUUAGACCCAAAUUACCGGAAAACUGUGAAUUUGGUUAUAAAAUGAUUGAAUUAAUUCAUAACAUGUGGCACGAUAUUCCGGAGGAGAGACCAACUUUUUCGUCAAUUAGAGGAUCUUUACUUAGAUUAAAUAGAGGAGAAUACGCUAAAAAUCUGGAAACAACUGUACAAGAGAGAACCGAACAAAUAAGCGAGGAGAAGGCUAAGAGUGACCCCGGAACGAAAAUAGAACCAGAGAGCUAUAGAGAGAGUAGUAUCUAUUUCUCUGAUAUUGUUGGAUUUACCACAUUAUCGUCUGAUAGCACUCCUAUGCAGAUUGUCGACUUUUUAAAUGAUUUGUACACUUGCUUCGAUGGCGUUGUUUCCGAUCAUGACGUUUACAAAGUGGAAACAAUCGGAGAUGCUUAUAUGGUAGUUUCCGGUGUACCGAAUAGGAACGGAAGGAAACAUCUAACUGAAAUAGCCGACAUCUCUUUGGAUUUGCUUUCUUCAGUUACGAAUUUUUGUAUUCGUCAUCGACCUAAAGAGCAGCUAAGAUUACGUAUUGGCCUCCACACUGGUCCAGUUGUCGCCGGUGUAAUUGGUAAUGUAAUGCCGAGAUAUUGCCUAUUUGGAGAUACCGUAAAUUUAGCCAGCAAGAUGGAAUCUUGCGGAAAACCUCUAAGAAUUCAUUUAAGCGAAGAUAUCUUCAAAUGUCUAACGGAAUUUGGUCUUUAUUCCAUGAUUAAAAGGGGUAAUAUAAACAUUAAGGGCAAGGGUUUCUUAACUACUUAUUGGCUUUAUGGAAAACAAGGCUACGACAAACCUUUACCAGAUUUCGAUUAG